GUGCCAAUUUCCCCCUAUUUUCGUGAUGCUUCGUUAUAGAUUAUAGAUUUGUGUCAAUCUAACCAAGUGCCACAGCAUGGAAACACUCAACUGCUGGGUUCACGGUGAAGAUGUUGAAAAGAUCUUUACUGUCAACAUCUCAAGUUCAGAGACUGUCUCAGAUCUCAAAGAUGUCAUCAAGAACAAGAACUCCUUACAGUUCCGCAAUUUGGAUGCGAGCGGUCUCGAUCUCUACUCCAUUUGCCUUCCUGACGAUGAACAACUGGAAGGCUCACUUAGUCGGUGGGAUCAUUCAGAGGAAAGGAAGCUCAACGGACGAUACAAAUUAUCAGCCAUUUCCCCCGACUCUAAGGAAGGGGUGUGGUUCAUCAUCGUCCGUGCACCCAGUUCUUACUGGACUAUUACCUGCUGGAUCUACGGUUCAGAUGUUGAAAGCAUCUUUAAUGUCAAAAUCUCAAGUUCAGAGACUGUCUCGAACCUCAGAGAUGUCAUCAAGAAUGUCAACACCAACAAGUUACGCAAUGUGGAUGCGAGCGAUCUCGAUCUCUACUCCAUUUGCCUUCCUGACGAUGAGCAACUGGAAGGCACGCUUAGUCUGUGGGACGAUUCAGAGGAAAAGAAGCUCACCCGACCAUUAAAAGGUCUUGACAAGAUAUCCAAAGUUUUCUCCGAACCGCCUAAGGAGGAUCACCUGCACAUCAUCGUUCAAAAUCCAGCCACCGCUGGGCCGAAUCUCUCGCCUAUCUACCAAUGAACUGAGUAUAUUUCAAAACAUGUAUUUGAAGCUCCUCUGUCUGGCAAAAAGCCAUCUGUAUUCUCGGCUAAACAAUGCAGAACCGAAUUCCUUUGCAAUCAUCCUUCCGAAGCUGCCAGCCCUAUUCCCGUUACGCUUCUGGAGCCCAUAUUUGCGCAGUUCAUGGAUGAUUAUCAAGAUUACGAACCAAACUACAAGGACAAUCAUUUCAUUUACGAGCUUUCGACGUCAUUGUGUACCUUUUAUCCUUCUGAGACUGCAAGAAUGACCGUUUUUAGAACAAUUCUUGAGUCCUAUGGUAUAGAUAUUUCUACUACCGAGUAUGGCUCGAAAGGAUAUAGAACAGAUGGUCAUUUGAUGGCUGGGAAGUUCAUUGCAUUGAUAGCGGAGGGAAAGAAAGAGAUUUCAUGUAGUGUAGCGGUGCAGAGCCCUUUCUGGAAGCUAUUUAUCACUACCGCGAAUUUAUUCACUCUU